GUUUUAGCUAGGCGGAAGUAAAACAUGUAACAUGGACGCGCUGUUAUAGCUGCAUGGAAAGGGGGGGAAAUAUAGCAUCGAGUGAAUACGUACGAGCUCUUACUGUUUCGCCGGUGGUCGUUGUGUCGUUGCACGCAUGAGCAGACAUGGCGAGCACUCUGGAUUUCCGGACGCACGCCGACCAGUCUUGCGGAUAUGCCGAGGAGUUUGUCAACAUUUACUACGACUGUGUGGACAAGAAAAGGAGGAACCUGACCCGGCUCUACCUGGACAAAGCCACCUUGGUGUGGAACGGCAAUGCGGUCUCAGGACAGGAUGCUCUGGGAGAGUUCUUUGAGUCCCUGCCGUCGAGCGAGUUCCAGGUUCAGACUCUGGAUUGUCAGCCAGUUCAUGAUCAAGCAACCCAAGGCCAGACCACGUUGCUGGUAGUGACUGGUGGGAUCGUCAAGUUUGAGGGGAACAAGCAACGCUUCUUCAACCAGAAUUUUCUCCUCACAGCUCAGGCCUCACCAACCAGCGAUCAGCCGGUCUGGAAAAUCGCCAGUGACUGUUUCAGAUUUCAGGACUGGAAUAGCUGAGCUGAGUCUCACCUCAAGAUGACGUGUCUCUAAAACUUCAGUGCUUUAGCAUCAGCUACCUUUUUAUCAGGCUUUUGUAAAAAAAAAAAUAAUAAUAAUUCUGUUAAAAUAAAAAUGUGUAAAAUUCAAUAAGGAAGCAAACAUGUGAUCAUUUCAAACAUUUCAAACAACCAAAUACUGCGUGAAAGCUGAAUAAUUACAUAUUUCUUUUUCUAAUAAAAUCCCUAAAAUGCC